GAACCGCCGCUGAGCUCUACGCAAGAGCACGUAUUGAUGAUAUAUUUGUUUUCCUUAUAACUACUCCACAAACUGGUUUCUUUGUGGAUUUUUGCAUCGCAACUUAAUCACAGCAUUACAUCCAUUCGAGAUAGUCGCCUUUAAUAUGAACGUGCUACUCGUAAUAUUGUUAAGCCUACUAUUCCUUUGUGGUACGAUCUGCGUACAUAAUAAAUACAAGAGGACGUAUCUCUGGAAAUUAUUCGGCUACAACAUUGACGGGGUUAUAUAUACGAGUGAUUCGGACUUUGAACACAAACGAGGCUCAUUUACUUUUCAAGAUGAACUGCUGGAAGAUCACGAAAAAUUUUUGAUUCGAAAGAACUUAGUCCCGAACCACAUUAGCUAUGACCUCUUUCGUUCAAUAAUAUCUAUUCCUAGGACAAGGCCGGGUAUACCGUUCACCCUCAAUGAGAUACCAUAUUUUAGCAUAUAUCACAGUAAUCACAGUCCUUUGCUCAAGCCUUAUCCGUCGUCUAAAGAAUCCAAAAACAUUAUAUCGGUUUAUGAAACCGCAAUCGAUGGAUGUCAAAGAUAUUGGUUCGUUGACACAGGUUUCGUGGAUAUACCUGGUGUAAGAAAACAAGUCGUGCCUCCCAGCAUUUAUGUGUUUCAGGGCCGAAUGGAUUAUCUUGUAUAUACAUCUGAUAUAGAUACUAGCGUUCUGAAAGACGGAGUAUCGGCAGGUCUUAGGUCUCUGACGAUCGACUACAUUUUCCCUUGCCACGAAACCUUCGCGUACAUUAGUGACGAUAACGGUAACGCUGUCAUUGCCUUUUCGUUUGAGGAAAAACGUUUCUGGAGGAUCGAACGACAAAUCACUGGAAGCGAAGCUUGGACUUUCCCCAUACCGCAAUCCAUUUUACUGUACGCUGAAAACGUUAUAAGAUAUAGAAAAAGUCCGAACGAGACAUUUGUACAUUAUUCAGAUAUUUUGAAAAAUACGAAGAUUUCUCAACGUUCCGGCCAAGAUGUGACCGUGGAUCUUAGUGAAAUAAAUACAAAUCCAAGAGGAGUUUUAUACGACAGAAAUUAUGACGGCAACAUUUUAUUUUUCACGGAUGAAUCUCGCACUAAUCUGUACUGUUGGAACAUGGACACGCCGAUGGAUGAGGACAACAUUGAACUGCUCACUGAUGUUUCCAGGAACAACGACUUUUACAUAAGCGCUUUAAAUAUAGUAGGGGCAGGAUUUCAUUUCUUGGUUAAUAGAUUUAGGGGCUUAGUUGACAAUAUUUAUGAUGGGAAUGCAAUCAAUUUCGCUAGUUACCGCAUCGACGUCGAUGAAAUGUUGAAUAAUACGAAAUGCAACAAACCAACGAGAUGUUCAAAUUUCAUUGACAAUUGGAGAAAUAAAAUCCAGCGUUCUGUCGUUUCACCGAGAUACAUGGUUAAAUAUGUACGAAAUUAAUAUAUUGUAAGGAAUACCCUACAAAAAGGGUAUAAAACCGGCACGCAGCUCCGUCACCGGCGCAUUUGUCGGUUGACAUUCGUCGAGACAACAUCGUUCAAAGACUUUAAGUGUUAAUUUAGGAAACACGAAUUUUAUAAUAAUGUUGAGGGUACAAUGCCUAUAAAUAGCAACGCCUUUGCUCGAAACAUUCAUUCGAUCGGCGGCGUUCGUGAGAGAAGGUAGUCGUGGACAUGGUGUGCGUGAGUCAUUGUUUUAAGUCUCUGUAAACUUGUGCUAAUUGUUAUUUUUUUAAAUGGUUUUUCUUCUGAUUCCUAAUAUCAGAAGUGGGAUAAAGGACUCAAAUAGCCCACAGUAGCGUAAAACUCUGAACUUUGUUUUGUUUUACAAAGACUGCUUACUUUGAUGCUUUCAUACUUUAUUUGUUAUUUUUCUUGUGUGAUUGCAAAUUUUAACUGUGAUAAUGAGACAUGCUGAAACUCCUAGUACACGGAGGCGACCGUCUCGAGAUGAUUCUCGUAAUCGAAAACGAUAUUAUGCUUUCGCGAUCACAGAGAUGAUAGACAGAAUCGCGAUACGAACGAUGCGCUCGCGCACGAUAGAACCUGUCGCGACACGUUCUAACGAUAAGGCGCACGCUGAACAGACCACCGAUAUUCUACGGACAGUUACGACUCCCAUGUCGAAUAUCGUUGGUUCGCAACAAGGCCACGUAGAAUCUAGUAUCCCUGGUUCUGAGGCGUCUACCCUCGCCAGUGCUUUGAUAAAGCUUUAAUAGUGAUACGGGGCAUAAUGGGCCCUCAGAUUAGAACCGCGAACGCUAAUCUACUCACGAUUUGAUUUCAUUUUUGGUGGAGGUCUCAGGCUAGGCCGAGUCCUUGUAGGUUUCAGGCAUUAGUUGUCACCAGUGACGCGUAAUAUCAAACAAGUAGACGGGACUGUGUUGGCAAAAUGGUCAAUUAAACUUUUGAGAUUACAGCUCAUUCUGAACAUCACAAAACGCAAGACAACAGACAUCCGCCCUGCAGCUUCUGGUACAAAAGACGCCACCACACCUGUGGUGAGGACUCUAAUUAAUGAUGUCACGACUGAGGUGUUUCGGAGCCGUGAAGUUCGUUGAGAACUAGGUCGAGGUAGAGCUCAUCAAUUGGUACCACGGAGUGAAAAGCGACAUCAUGCUCGCGUGGACGGGCACCGACGAGCAGUAGCCGUUUUUAAUGUCGAUAAUCUUGUUUUGGUAAUAACUCACAGUCUACAGGAGAUCUAGAUCCGGCAAUCCGUGGACCUUACAGAAUGGUGAGGGUGGUGCCUCACGGGCAUUGCCGCUAGCUCGGGCCCCUCGAUGGUUCCUGCGGCAGUAGCACGCAAGCGAUGUGCCGGUAGCUGCGUAAUAUCGGUCGGCAGGUAAACUUGAUUCCGGCAUGCGUGGCCCGUAUAAGGUUGUCAAAAUUCUACCCAGUGGACGCUAUACCCUACGGCUGCUCAGCGGCAGUUAUGGCAAAGCUACGCAAGCAGCUGCACAAUAUAUGGUGUCGUGGCGGGGCGAGUGGACCCCUGAGACAUGUGCUGCCUUCUUUGAGAGUCAGUAAGUUAAUAAUGAUCAUUGUUCACAAAUAUACGUAUUCCUAUGGUGAACCUGAAGGGUGAGCUAUAGAUGAUUGCUCUCUAGUUACGUAUCCCUCACUCGGAGUCACGGUGAGAUGUCUCAAUACGAUCGGCCUAGACUGGCGUAUUGAGAAGCCUCGGCACGUUUGAGUACUGUCGGCGUGUCGGGAAGCUUCACACGUUUGAAUACGCUCUGCGUGUGGAAUGCACUCGUACGUUUUUAAUACGAUCUUCGUACGAGUGGGUCUGGGACCAUUUUACGUAUCCCUCACUCGUGUGAUUAAUUCUACACGGUGAGAUGCCUCAAUACAAUCGGCCUAGGCUGGCGUAUUGAGAAGCCUCGGCACGUUUGAGUAUGGUCGGCGUGUCGGGAAGCUUCACACGUUUGAAUAAACUCUGCGUGUGGAAUGCACUCGUACGUUUUUAAUACGAUCUUCGUACGAGUGGGUCUGGGACCAUUUUACGUAUCCCUCACUCGUGUGAUUAAUUCUACACGGUGAGAUGCCUCAAUACAAUCGGCCUAGGCUGGCGUAUUGAGAAGCCUCGGCACGUUUGAGUAUGGUCGGCGUGUCGGGAAGCUUCACACGUUUGAAUAAACUCUGCGUGUGGAAUGCACUCGUACGUUUUUAAUACGAUCUUCGUACGAGUGGGUCUGGGACCAUUUUACGUAUCCCUCACUCGUGUGAUUAAUUCUACACGGUGAGAUGCCUCAAUACAAUCGGCCUAGGCCUGCGUAUUGAGAAGCCUCGGCACGUUUGAGUAUGGUCGGCGUGUCGGGAAGCUUCACACGUUUGAAUACACUCAGCGUGUGGAAUGCACUCGUACGUUUUUAAUACGAUCUUCGUACGAGUGGGUCUAGGACCAUUUUACGUAUCCCUCACUUGUGUGAUUAAUUCUACACGGUGAGAUGCCUCAAUACGAUCGGCCUAAGGUGGCGUAUUGAGAAGCCUCGGCACGUUUGAGUACUGUCAGCGUGUCGGGAAGCUUCACACGUUUGAAUAAACUCUGCGUGUGGAAUGCACUCGUACGUUUUUAAUACGAUCUUCGUACGAGUGGGUCUGGGACCAUUUUACAGGGAUCACUGGUAACCAAAUGCAGAAGACACUUAACGAAGGGCGACGCACACUGGCCCUUGGAUAAUAACAGGAAUAUGCGCAUUAAGAAUGAUUGUGCUACUGCGCGCACUGCUCCCGUGCCGCUACCUGCACGCGCUCUCUUACUUCUGGCGUGCAAACUGCGCGUACUGCUCGCGUGCCGCUGGCUGCGCGCGCUCGCCUGCUUCAGACGUGCAUACUGUGCGUACUGCUCGCGUGCCGCUGGCUGCGUGCGCUCUCUCACUUCUGGCGUGCAGACUGCGCGCACUGCUCGCGUGCUGCUGCCUGCGCGCGCUCAUCUAUUUCUGGCGUGCAUACCGCACGUGCUGCUUAUGUGCACACUGCACGUGAUGCUCGCGAGCCGCCGACUUCACGGUGCCAUACGACUGGCAGUGACGCAGAGGGCGAUGUCGCUCGAUCUGCGGCCUGCUGCUUCACUCGUUGGGGACUAUGAUGCCUUUGGGCCACUAAGCUCUACGCAGGGAGUCACGAGUAAGGAGUAGUUCGUUUGCAGUCCUGCUGAGCUACUUAUGGGCUCUGCCUGCAUUUUCAGGAUUAUCUAUCAGGAUGGUCGAGCGGGACGCCCGCCACACGUGGUGCAGCCUCACAUCGUGGUUGCAGACUGGAGCUGGGACGGCUGCCCUGCUGAACUUUCGGGAGGCGCGAACCUAACAAGAUCUUUCGCACGCUUCCGCAUCAUCGUUACGAGUAGACCCCAGUUAUGUGGUCGAGGACGAACCACAGUCAGGAGAGGCCGUGUAAGGAAUACCCUACAAAAAGGGUAUAAAACCGGCACGCAGCUCCGUCACCGGCGCAUUUGUCGGUUGACAUUCGUCGAGACAACAUCGUUCAAAGACUUUAAGUGUUAAUUUAGGAAACACGAAUUUUAUAAUAAUGUUGAGGGUACAAUGCCUAUAAAUAGCAACGCCUUUGCUCGAAACAUUCAUUCGAUCGGCGGCGUUCGUGAGAGAAGGUAGUCGUGGACAUGGUGUGCGUGAGUCAUUGUUUUAAGUCUCUGUAAACUUGUGCUAAUUGUUAUUUUUUUUAAAUGGUUUUUCUUCUGAUUCCUAAUAAUAUAUAUUUUAUUUUUAGUAAAUAAAUAUAUGAAAUGCAUUUCGAUAAUUAAUAAAAAAUAUUUCUUUCUAUUAAAAUGUAAAUCUCCAUUAAAAACAACAAAAGAAGAAUCAGAAUGUAUACAAUUUGAACAACAAUAGAAAGACUGCGACUGUAAAUUAUAUACUAUACAAAAAUUCAAAAAACUGAGUUUCAUUCUUAACACAAACAGUUAAAUCACCAUUAUUUUGCAAAUAUUCGAGUAAAGUGUGAAGUGGGAACGCGGAAUAUACUUAAAUGAGAUCAGAAGUGAAAUAUUGUUAAAAAUAUAACAAUCCAGACAAUCAGUGGGUCGCGUUUCCGAUCCGGUGGUAGAUUCUGCGAACCACUGCUCUUGCUAGGGUCAGUGUUAACAACACUCCGGUUUGAGCCCCGUGAGCUCACCUACACACGUUAGGGCGAAGCUGAAAUAGCCUCUCAAGGCUAUCAGCAAAGGUAGGAAAACAAAAAAAAAAUUUCAUUAGUCUCGCUUAAGCUCGAGAGCGGCUGGACCGAUUUGGCUAAUUUUGGUCUUGAAUUAUUUGUGAAAGUCCAGAGAAGGCUUAAAAGGUAAAUAAAUAUGAAAAUACUCGGAAUUAAAUAAAAAUAACAAUUUUGUUUUUUCUUUGAUGUGUCCCCCGUCGGACGGAUUCCUUUUGUUUGUUUUAAGUUUAUUUUAUACAAAAGUUUAGGGCUUUUAUUUAUCGAUUGAGGCACUAUGAAGUCUGCCGGGUCAGCUAGCCUCCAAUAAAAAUACCAAAAGAAGAAUAAAAUGUAUACAAUUGUCUGUAUAAACGUAUACAAUUUAAGUACAAUAAAAAUACUGCGAUUGUAAUAUAUAUUAAAUACUAUACAAAAAUUCACAAA